AAACGGCAAUAAAGCAAAUUCAAUUGUGACUGCGGUUGUCAAACAAUUCUUGCGUGUCGGUUGUGUGCAGUAUCGAGUUCUGGCCAUAACUACUUCUGCUAAAAGCGAACGAGCUUGUUUUUGUUUUAUUCAGAGCUCGCAAACAAGGCCGAGCCAGGGCACAAUUUUUGCUGUUUCACGGACGGACCAGGCAGCAGCGGAAAGGAGCGAAACGGAAAGAGCCACAUUAAAAUGGCUUUGAAUGGCUUUGGUCGGCGUGUCAGUGCGUCUGUCCUUUUAAUCGCCUUGUCGCUGCUCAGCGGAGCGCUGAUCCUGCCGCCGGCUGCGGCGCAGCGUGACGAGAACUAUCCACCGCCGGGCAUCCUGAAAAUGGCCAAGCCCUUCCACGACGCGUGUGUGGAGAAGACGGGAGUCUCCGAGGCUGCCAUCAAAGAGUUCAGCGAUGGGGAGAUUCACGAGGACGAGAAGCUCAAGUGCUACAUGAACUGCUUCUUCCACGAGAUCGAAGUGGUGGACGACAAUGGGGACGUGCAUCUGGAGAAGCUCUUCGCCACGGUCCCGCUCUCCAUGCGCGACAAGCUGAUGGAGAUGUCCAAGGGCUGCGUCCAUCCGGAGGGCGAUACGCUGUGCCACAAGGCCUGGUGGUUCCACCAGUGCUGGAAGAAGGCCGAUCCCAAGCACUACUUCUUGCCGUGAACACGUGGCCCACCUUCCAGCCCAGUUCCAGUUCCAUGGCCCGUGGACCACCCGUUGCCGACCCCGCUCUAUUUAUGUGCUAGCUUAGUUUCCGCUAGUUUUCAAUAGCUGUCGAGUAAUAAACGUAGGCGAGUUGUGCAUGCAAGCUAA